GCUCCGGGCUCGCCGCCGCCCGCAGGGCCGCUCUACCCGGGCAGGCACGGCGGGACCAAGGCCGAGGACACCUCCAAGACGUCCCCGUUCCACCUGGACCUGUGGUUCUACUUCACCCUGCAGAACUGGGUGCUGGAUUUCGGGCGCCCCAUCGCCAUGAUCAUCUUCCCUCUGGAAUGGUUUCCUCUGAACAAACCCAGCGCUGGAGAUUAUUUCCACAUGGCUUACAACGUUAUCACCCCCUUCCUGCUGCUGAAGCUGAUCGAGCGCUCCCCCCGGACUCUCCCUCGCUCCAUGGUCCACGUCAGCAUCAUCACCUUCGUGAUGGGCGCCAGCAUCCACCUGGUGGGGGACUCGGUCAACCACCGGCUGAUCUUCAGCGGGUACCAGCACCACCUGUCCGUGCGCGAGAACCCCGUCAUCCGCAACCUGCGACCGCUGGCGCAGAUCGACUCCUUCGAGCUGCUCUACUACUACGACGAGUACCUGGGGCACUCCAUGUGGUACAUCCCGUUUUUCCUGAUCCUGUUCAUUUACUUCACCGGCUGCUUCACGCCGGCGGCGCGGCGGGGCCGGAUGCCCCUGGCUGCCCUGCUCCUGGUGGGGCCCAGCAGCCUCUACUACUGGUACCUGGUGACGGAGGGGCAGAUCUUCAUCCUUUACAUCUUCACCUUCUUCGCCAUGAUGGCGCUGGUGAUGCACCAGCGGCGGAAGGGGCUGGUGCUGGACAGCAAUGGGCUCUUCCUCUUCCUCUCCUUCAUCAUCACCCUGCUCCUCAUCGCCGCCUGGGUGGGCUGGCUCUGGAACGACAAAAUCCUGCGGAAGAAAUACCCCGGGGUGAUUUACAUCCCCGAGCCCUGGGCCUUCUACACCCUGCACAUGAACAACCUGCACCAGGGCACCUCCUGAGCCGGGCUCGGCCUUCCUGGGGCUGGGAAAGGGGAAAAAAGAGAUUUAGGGGGUUUUUUAAUGUAGAUCUGUGAGUUUCCAAUAAAUCCCUGAGAGGAGG